GAAAGUCCCAAGCUGCAAAAUGAGAUAGGGAUGACACCUUUGCCUGAGACUGAUCACGCACGGCGUGCAGAUGAAGAAAAGCCUACAAAUCACCUCGGUCCAGACCCCAACUUGGUCGGAUGGGAGGAAAAUGAUCCAGAGAAUCCGCAUAACUUCUCGACGAUAUAUAAAUGUUGGAUUACUUUCCAGCUCGGCAUGCUGGCCCUAAGCGCCAGUUUAGGCUCUAGUAUCAUCUCCCCGGCGCAGACUAAGCUGGAAGUAUACCUAGGCAUCAGUGCUGAAGUCAGCAUUCUCCCAGUGUCUCUUUACAUUCUUGGCUUCGCUUUUGGGCCACUAUGCUGGGCUCCUAUCUCGGAAAUCUGGGGACGCCGCUGGUCGAUGCUCCCGGCAGUUUUCAUGCUAGGCAUUUUCAGUAUCGGUACCGCAACAAGCAAGAGUACCGCCGCCGUUCUCGUCACUCGAUAUUUCGCCGGGGUGUUCGGUUCCGCUCCUGUCAGCAAUGUAUCGGCAGCCCUGGGAGACUUCUUCCAUAUGAAGGCGCGCGCCGUUGCCAGCACAUCCUACGCCAUCUGCGUCGUGGGCGGGCCAACAAUGGGACCGAUCAUUGGUGCUGCCCUGAUCAACAAUCCACGCCUGGGCUGGCGCUGGACAGAGUAUAUUGAAGCUAUCAUUGUCUUUUUCGUCUUCACCGUCACCUUCUUCUGCUUACCGGAGGUGUAUGGUCCCGUGCUUCUACAUAAAAAAGCCAAGCGCCUGCGCAAGGAGACCGGCAACCCGGACCUAUAUCACCCACACGAGCAUAUGAAAAUUGAUGCGUAUAGUAUUGUCACCAAGCAUUUCUCCCGCCCGCUUGUCAUGCUUGUGACGGAGCCAAUGGUUACGGUGAUUGCGCUAUACGCCUCGUUCACCUAUGCUCUGCUCUAUCUCACCCUCGAGGUGUUCCCCAUUGUCUUUGGCGAUAUCCGCCAGUGGAAGCCGGUGAUUGCCACAUUACCCUUUAUCGGCUUGUUUGUUGGCGUCCUCCUAUCAGCCGCGUUUAUCAUACUUGUCGGGCAGCCAUACUACAUCCGAAAAUGGGAAGAGGGUGGCGGGAAACCGGUCCCCGAGGCACGCCUGAUGCCCAUGGCAGUUGGAGGGUUUCUGUUCGCAGGGGGCCUCUUCUGGUUUGGCUGGACGGCGGAACCAUCCUAUUCCUGGGGGUUACCCGUCGUGGCAGCUGUGAUGUUCGGGUGCGGAUUCUGUAUCAUCUUUGGUCAAUGUAUCAAUUUUCUGGUCGAUACAUACGGGCCAUACGCUGCCUCGGCCACUGCGUCUAACACCUUUUUGCGAAGUGUGCUUGCAGCCGCGUUCCCGCUUUUUGCCCAGCAGAUGUUUCGCAAUCUUGGUGUAGGGCCAGCGAUGUCGAUCCUCGGUGGUAUUGCGGCGGCUCUAAUUCCAGUCCCUUUUCUGUUCCGGAUCUAUGGUGUGCGGUUGAGAAAGAUGUCCAGGUUCGCGCCAUUUAAAGGAUAAUGAUCCAGGAGCCGAACAAUCUUAACGCACCAGACAUGGCCAGGAAGGUACCUGAAAGCCCACGUUCUGAACCGAUAGCGGUUAAGACAGCUUUAAUUCUCUAAUAAAGGCUGUGCUAAGCACAUGUGGGCCAGUAUUGUGCACGAUGCUGCUUGCACUUCGAGCCAACAUUACCACUCACCGGGAGCG